UCCGGAAUUCUCUGCAUAAGCUAUCUAACUUAAGAGACAUUUGAGUUUCGAAAUGCUUAUCAUUUAGAUUUCACUGACGGUGUGAACGAAAUUGGCAGAAUAAUUUCUCUUUCCGAGAAAGUCAACGGCUGCGUCUGAAACUCCAAAGUUCCUAGCUGGUUGUAAGUGUCACGAUGGGUUUGGAAAAGAAAAUUUGAAGUUUCAAAGGUUGACUUUCCUGUAUACCAAGGCUUUGAAAACUACCAAAACCAGUUGAACUGAAUUGCAAUUGAAAUCCAACAUGUUCCGCCUUAGAAAGCAAACCCAGAAUCAAGUGGAGAAUGAUCCAUCGUACAAAGAUGCAAAGGUGGCUGAACUGAGGGCUGCUCUGGGGCCACUAUCCGGGCGAAGUCUAAAGUAUUGCACGGACGCAUGUCUAAGGAGAUACUUAGAAGCCAGAAACUGGAACCUUGAGAAAGCCAAGAAAAUGUUGGGAGAAACACUCAAAUGGAGAUCCACUUAUAAGCCUGAGGAAAUCCGUUGGCCUGAAGUGGCACAUGAGGGCGAGACAGGAAAAGUUUCAAGAGCGAAUUUUCACGAUCGUUCUGGAAGAACUGUGCUUAUAAUGAGGCCAGGAAUGCAGAACACAGCGUGCCCAGAAGAUAAUAUCAGGCAUCUAGUGUACCUCAUGGAAAAUGCUAUCCUCAAUCUCCCGGCAAGUCAAGAGCAGAUGUCAUGGCUGAUAGACUUCACUGGAUUUUCACUCAACACUAAUGUCUCUGUCAAAACAGCUCGUGAUAUCAUUUACAUCUUACAAAAUCACUAUCCUGAAAGGCUUGGUAUUGCUUUUCUCUAUAGCCCACCAAGGAUAUUUCAAGCUUUUUGGAAGGCUGUGAGAUACUUCUUGGAUCCCAAGACGUCCCAGAAGGUAAAGUUUGUUUAUCCCAAGGACAAGGAGAGCGAAGAGAUGAUGAAAUCACUGUUUGAUGUGGAAAAUCUCCCCAACGAGUUUGGAGGAAAAGCAACAUUGAAGUAUGAUCAUGAAGAAUUUUCAAGGAUGAUGAUAGAAGAUGAUGUAAAAACUGCUAAAUUCUGGGGAGUUGAUGACAACCCAUUCCGCACUAAGAAUGACCAUUCUAGUACAGAGGUAGUGCCGGAACCAGUGAGCACUUGAGAGAGUACCAUGUUGAUUAUUAAUAAGGUGAAGAAGCACCAGUUUGUUUCUGUU